GGCGCUAUGCUUAGUCGAACAGCUUUAGUAGAGAGCUCGAAUAGAGCCCGUCGAUACUUUGUCUGGACCGCACAUCACAGUGUCUAUGACGGCUGGAGCUUAGCAAAAAUGCCGGAACUAUUAGGACGACUCUUAACGGGCGAGCCACUUUCGACUCAGGUGCCAGUCUCGCGUUUCAUGGGGUACUUAGCUCGGCAGGACAUGGAACAGACGAAAGCGUUUUGGCAGAAGCACCUUCAGGAUGCUACCUGGGCGCGAUUUCCAUCGCUGCCGUCGGCGCAACACAAUGUGAGCCCGAGUAGCAUGAUCCAGUGCCAACUCAAGGUUCCGCAGGUAGCAGAAGGGGUAACGACUUCUACAAUGCUACGGACCGCUUGGGCCCUGUUGGUUGCCGCCUCUACUGGUGCUAAUGAGGCUGUCAUUAGUGUUGUACUUUCGGGGCGUAUGGCGACUAUAGAAGGCAUUACGGAUCUCGUAGCUCCGACUAUUACGUCGGUGCCCUUCCGUGUCUGCGCUAUGCGCGAUCGAUCAGUGCGCGACUUUCUCGCCGACGUACAGAAGCGAGCUACGGAGAUGGUUCCUUACGAGCAUACCGGCCUUCAGAACAUUCGGCGUAUGGUUCCCAAUCUUGGACCAGAGUUCGACCCGGGUCACAGCUUCGUAGUUCAGCCAGCGGACGAGAGCGAGUCAGCAAACCCUAUCCCUUAUGCCGAUUUCGAGCGGAGCGCUACCUCUACGAACGCCUUUGACGGGUACGCCUUAACAGUCGAGUGCACUAUGAGCUUAGAGGCAAGCGACGUUAGCGUUGAAUUCCGCUACGACGACGCAGUCCUCCCCACUGGUAAUGCUCAGCGUCUGCUUGCCCAGUUCAACCAUGUCGUGCAGGAGCUCGCA